GCGCGGUGGUCGCGGCCCGGGGGAGGCCGCGCGCAGCGGGGCGGAGUCCGGUCAUCCGAUCCGCCGGCGACCUGAGGCCUCCGGCGCGCUCAGGUGAAGUCUUUCCCGGACUGGGCUGUGAGGGCGUGCACCCAGCAGCCCCUCCUGCCUUUGCCCCUGCUUCUGUUUCUACAUCCGAGAUGGAAGUGUGGACUCCUGCUCUCUAAGUGCCUGACGUGGCGUCGGGAGAGUCCUGCUUAAGCAGAAGCGCAGGAGGGAAGUGUAGCUUGAAGUCAAUGGCCCAAAAUGACUCUGCUAGUGGAAACUCACUUCCGUAAGGAGAAAGACCAGGCCAGAGGCUGGGAUGAGCGUGCCACUGCACCAGAUCUCUGCCAUCCCAUCACAGGACGCCACUUCCACUAGAGUCUACAGAAGCAAGACCAAAGAUAAGGAGCGGGAGCAGAAUGAGAAGACUUUGGGACAUUCCAUGAGUCAUCCAAGCAACAUUUCUAAGGCUGGGAGUAGUCCUCCAUCCACGGCGGCUCCAGUGUCUUCCUUCUCUCGUACUUCUGUCACACCAUCCAACCAGGACAUCUGCAGUUCCAGUGCAGGGUUUUCUGAGUGUUGUCACUACAGUCCCGUGCAGUCUGCUGUUGUCUUGAAAGCUCCUCCAGGCCAGAGUUCUCUGACACAAGGGCUCACUGUGACAGUUAUCUGUAAGGACACAUUACAGGCAUCAAAGAGAAAUCCCUUUGGUUCAGACUGGGACCAAGCCUCGAGGCCUGCUAAGAACACUAAGGCCAGAAGAUCCCUCAGAAUCUCCAAGUCACUAAGUGAUGUGGGUGAGAAGACCCAGGAUACUUUGGAAAGCUUUGACUAUAUGGAAAGAACUUGCUCCGAAGGGAAAUUGGUGCUUCCUCAAGGUCCGGCUCUCAAAAAGAACAGGCUCCGUCUUAAAACAAAAAGAGCAGAGCACUGCCCACCCCUCGACCAUUCCAAACACUCCCAUGUCAUAUCCCUUUCUCCCAACCAUUCAGCUGCCUCAAAGAGGGAAGUUGGCAAGGGGAGCGUACGCAUUCCACUCUUGGAGGAGAAAGCUGAUGGUGAGGCCAGGUUAAGAAGCCAGCGAUUGCUCCGGUACCUGUUCUCACUCUCCCGUGGCUCAAGUGCCAGUAGCCUGCAUAGGUUCCAUGAGCUGGAGAGCCAUGCCAGCCAUUUGCACACUGCCAAGUCCUCCAGCUGGCUGGCAGGAAGCACAGACUUCUGUUCUGAUGAAAUGGGAGAUGACGACGUCUUCGAGGAUGCAUCAUCUGCCAAACUGAAGAGCAGGGUCCUGCGGGCGCCCCUCUGCUCAGUGGAGAAGGACAGUGACCUGGAUUGUCCUUCUCCGCUCUCUGAAAAAUGCACCCCCAUCUCUCCCGUGUCCACCUCAGGGGAUGCCUGCAGGAUCUGCCACUGUGAAGGAGAUGAUGAGAGCCCUCUGAUCACCCCCUGUCACUGUACAGGAAGUCUCCAUUUUGUGCAUCAGGCUUGCCUGCAGCAGUGGAUCAAGAGUUCUGACACACGAUGCUGUGAGCUCUGCAAGUACGAGUUCAUCAUGGAAACCAAGCUGAAACCUUUGAGGAAAUGGGAGAAGUUGCAGAUGACUUCCAGUGAGCGAAGGAAGAUCAUGUGCUCAGUAACAUUCCAUGUCAUUGCUAUCACCUGUGUGGUCUGGUCCUUGUAUGUGCUCAUUGACCGCACCGCAGAGGAGAUCAAGCAGGGUCAGGUGACAGGAAUCCUAGAGUGGCCUUUCUGGACUAAACUGGUAGUUGUGGCCAUUGGCUUCACUGGAGGACUUCUUUUUAUGUAUGUUCAAUGCAAGGUGUACCUACAAUUAUGGAAAAGGCUCAAGGCAUAUAAUAGAGUGAUCUAUGUUCAAAACUGUCCAGAAACAAGUAAAAAGAAUAUUUUUGAGAAGUCUGCACUAACAGAGCCCACCCUUGAAAAUAAAGAAGGGCAUGGAAUGUGUCAUUCCACCACAAAUUCUUCUUGCACAGAGCCUGAAGACACUGGAGCAGAAAUUAUUAAUGUCUGACGGUGUCAUUUCCCUGAUGUCCACAAAGAGCUGAAGGAAUUUGUUUACUGCAUAUUGUGUUCAUUCCUUCUGUCAUGUAAUAGCAUAGACUGGAGCAGGUGACUAUUGAUAGUGGCCUCUCUUUUUCUCAACCGUCCUUGGUGUGAAUCUCUUAGAAUUCCUGUGGGGCAGAUGCUGCUGGCCCCAUUCUGCCAGGUUCUUGUGUGGGCUGGGAAGGUGAGAGACCCCAUGUAACCGCCAUGAGGAGCUGGCUGAGUGUCAGCUCCUGGUCUUGAGCAGAAUAAGGAAGUAAAAGGCUAAAGCAGGGCACAGCGCAGCAUGGGGGAGACUGGUGGUGAGAGAGUCCCCAGAGGACAGAGCAGAGAGGUACAGGGAGUGCUGCUGCUGGUGGGAGGGUUCCCUUCUCACUGACAAGAGCUAGGAGACAGGAAGGGAGCCCGGCCUACUCACACAAGCCCCUCCUCGCUGGGAUGCUGUUCCCACAUUACUCUGGGGUGGGUAAGGCCUUAGGUCCCUGUGUCUGCUGGUGUGUGACUCACUGAGCAAACAGCACUUUAUAAAAGUUUUUAUUUUGGAAUUCCUGUGUCUAGUGGGUGUGGCACUUAAAAGAAUGUCAUAUUUAGACAUGUUUAUUGUCCCUGUUAUCUCUUUGCAUCAAAAUUGAUUUGAAACAAUUUCUGCCUUACAUAUUCUGAAUAGUAGGAUGUCUUUCCAUGUCCAGAAAAGACUCGUGACUUCAAACAAGACAGACAAGCCUGAGAUAGUUUUUCUUAACAGUGUCCAUGGGAGGUGAUGGAUACCAAGGGCAUACUCUUUGGUUUUGAGCCUGAUUGCUGACAGGCCCUAUCUUACAAGCCCACCCAUACAUUUCUGUUUUGUCAACAUUGAAAUGGAAGGAUUUUGAGAUCUAAUGGAUGUAAGUCAGACUGAGUAUUUGGAGAAUGCUCCUUUGAUUGACAGAAGUCUCCAGAUGGAGUGGACACACACUGUGGAUACCCCUGUGAUCCACCUCUGCUCCAUGGUGCUGACCAAGUUCUGUGGAGUCACUGUUGAGGGCUGGGAGACAGGCCAACUCUGAUAUGAGGUCUUGGCAUGAGCAGUCAACUGUCAUGGGCCACUGCGUCAUGGGCUGGCCCACACCCACUCACCGCCUUAACCAGACCUGACAGGAUCAUUUAAGGUUCUUAGGGCCACAUGUGAUCCAUUAUGUCAUUGGGGUUACCUCCUGCACCAUUUUUCACAAGACAGACAAAGCCAAAUCACUACCAUUAAAUGGCCUUUGUCCCUUUAAAACGUCUACUGAAUAUGUUUUUCUUGAAGGCCAUUGUCACAGUGUCAGGCCAUAGUCUACUCACAAUGUGACAAGAGGGACCCCAGAAGUGUCCUCUCCCAAGUGGCCCUGUUGGCUACGGGGCCUUCAGAGCCUCCUGAGGUGGGAGGGGCAGUGCCUGGGGACCUGAGCUUUGCUGCUUUUCCUGUCUUCCUCAGAGACUGAGGAAACCAACAAUGGAUCUUUUGUGGUUCCCAGUGCUUGGGGUCAUAGGGUUCAGUGGUAGAGCUUUUUUUUGCCAGGGAUUUCAGUCAUUAUUCAAUCAGCCCACCCUUAGGUUAACCUGCUGUCUCUCCAAGACCACACAAGCCUCCCUGGGCUCACUAUACCCCAAAGUGCAAUUACUCACACGCCUUCUCAGUCUGGGGACACCAGGAAGCUACAGACUGCCCAUUAGGGAGCUCUGACUAUACCAUUCAGCAGCUGUCCCUGAAGCGAUGCUCACCCAACAGUGGGUGUGCAGUCACGUGAAGACGGAGAUUGAAGUAUGAAGUCCUGGCCAGCCACUGAGGCUUCUGUAGAGAGGACAGUGUACCUCACUGGGGGUAGUCCCUACACAACUGCCCCAGGGGUCUUGUGCCCCACAUAGAUAAGGUGGCUUUAGAACCAUGACUUUCAUGUUGUUCUCCUCAUUUCAGGAAGGCCUAACUCCAUCUCUUCUCUAGCUACUCUGAUGAAGUCUGUCUGCAUCCUUCUUCCCUUCGCAGCUACCCCUGGCUCAUUUUCCCUGUAGGUGCUCUGAUGGAGCAAACAGCUGUACCUAUGGCAACUCAGUGCAGGAGACCAGCAAGACUGCACUAGGAAGCAUGAUAGCAGGGCUCUGGUCUGUCCAGGCUCCCUAGUCCUUGUCUGAUUUCUCUCUGAGUAACUGUGCAGGGUUUAUCUGUCUGUUUAUCUGUUUCCCCUCAAUUUGAGCCUGAAUAAUGUAGUGGGAAGAUGGCAUAUGGCUGUACCAAGCAGAUCUAGGAUGAGGCCCCAGGACCAGGAGGGCUUAAGCUUGUGGGUCAGAUGAAGAAGCAGGUAGUCUCAGGGUGUCACUGUCAGCCCUAUCUAUAACUUAACCUUUUCCCCAUGUAUCAUGGACCCAUUGGCAUGCCUUUGACUUUAGCUGCCACAAGUAAGUGGGUGGGGGCUGAGCCCAAGUUCAUUGCAAGAUUUUUCUGGAAAUAUUGUAAAGUUCUCUUCUUACUCCAGGUCUCUUUGUUUCUCCUUUCUGGCUUUAGCACACUCUUUAGUCAUGUAGGCCUAGUUUCCAAACCUGUGGGUGUUUCCACCUGGACUCAGAUGUGCCGACCUGAGGCAGUGGGGGAGGGGGACAGUUCAAGGCAUUGAGUGGUAUCUUAAAUGACAGGAGACCAAAGGCUGCAUGAGCAGGGUGAAGAGCCAUACUUUUGUGGGUGUGAUUAGAUGCACAUGCAUAUUUGAAAUACCACCCCACCAAAUCUGGUUUGAAAUAAUGCAGUUUUUAUCUGUAGUCCAAGAAAAGCCCAAAGCAUAGGGAGAUGGAGGCAUUUGUUUUUGUAUUGCAAGUGAUUGAUGAAGGUGUGUAACUGGUGCACAUUUAGAUGCAAUGUUUAAAGCUGAUUGUUAAUAAAAACCAAAUUUACACUGGUGUGUGUAGUGUAGUUUCUAAAAAGCACUUCACAUUUUAAAUUUUUCUUAGAAAAUUUCUAGUAAUCUGAAUGUCUAAAAUUUUUUAAUCCUUUUGUGUAUGUUCACUGUUUCUCAGUAUUACUGCUGGAAUAAUUCUCUGUACAGGGGAUUUGUUUGUGCUAUACACGGGAUAUCUAAAGGUAGCAAUAAAGUUUUUCUUUACAAAGGA